AUGGAGGCUCACAAGCUCUCUUCCGAGAAGGUGUUGAGGCUCGAGUACGUCUUCGCUCUGAGCGAGCCCGAACAGAAUGAGGUCGACCAGGUGCCCGACUGGAUCUCCGGGAUUGCCGCCUUGCAGGCAGGGCGGGGCGGCCAGGGCAGCCUGCAGUCGGCCAUGCGCGCAAGGCCAGCGCUGGUGCAAUGCAUCGGCCGCAGGCUGCAGGAGGGGCUCGCACAGGUGGCGCCGAGGAGGUUGGGGCCAGACGGCGAGAUCGAUGCCUGGACUCUCUCAUUCGUUGAUCCGGAGGUGGAGAAGGGCUUCCUGGACAGGAGCCGCGAGCAGCUGCGGUCGUCCUUCUGUCUUGUCCUGGUCAUCUUCUCCUUCUUCAGCGGGCUGGCUCUCCUGCAGAUCCACACGGAGGAUAUCGACUACCCGACGCAGGAAGCAUAUAGCAUGAGGCGGUGGCAGUUCGCCAUCCAACUCGCGUGUGGCACCGUAGAGUUGUCAGCGUUACUUGCAGCAGUCGUUUUGUCAGGCUACGGCCUUAUAGGCACAUGGGGAAUGGAGUGUGCAGCGCUUGUCACUGCAAUAGUGUCUCACGCUCACGCUUGCUUAAACAGCUGUCACUACUUUGCACGGGCAUUCGGCUGCGAAGAUCCAAGUGAAGUUUGGGGGAUGGACCUUGCUGGUUCAGACGCUCCCUUUUUGUUGGGGCUCGCUCUGGUUGUCGCAUCGGCAGGUAUCAUAAUCAGAUGGAAGUCGUUAGUGUUCCUUGCAGUCUCCUCCGUGUUCGGAUACGUUGCUGCCGCCUACCUCCUGGGUAGCCCAGAUAUGAGGUUGGUAUUGACUAACCUGCUUUUGUUCGCCUAUCUGUUGCUUUUGACCUGCACCGGGAAGCGGAGUUUCGAGUUUCAGGCCCGCCUCAAUCACCUGUCGUACCUGAGGGAGAAGCAGAUGCGCUUCCGGGCAGAGUUCUCGUUGGCCUGCAUGCAGGACCGUGGGGACACCACCGUGGAGUUAGGAAGCCACGCGGGAGGCUCGUCGUACUUCCGGCAGUUCUUGGAUGACGUGCACCCCGACGGCGGCGAGCUGCACGAGGGGGGCUCGCAGUGCUCGCUGCCCGCUGUCCCAAGCGCGCCAACAUGGUUCAGUCCAGCCGCCGCGGAGUGCGUGCCAAAUGCUGGUGACGUCAGCGACGAGUCCGUUCACCAGCGCCCGGUUUGCCUGCCGUCGAGCGCCAGCGUGUGGGUCGAGGGCCGUGCCAGCGCAUGCGCCCUGCGAGACCUCGAGCGGGGUCAGCGCGUGCUGUGCUACGACUCGCUGGGGCGGUCGCUCAGGUACGCCGAGGUACUCGAGAAGCGGGCCGACCUUCGGGCGGUCCCCUGCAUCAGCGUCGGCCUGCACGACGGGACACGGCUGGCAAUGGCGGCGGACCAGCCCGUGCGUUUGGCAAACCAGAGAGAGGUGGUCCGAGCUGAGGACCUGUCCCCAGGAAAGGACAGCGUGUUCUUGCACAGGGCGGCGACCGUGCCCGUCGCGGUCAAGGAGGUGGUGCGGCAGGCAGAGGCGCGGGGUGCACGCGGGCGGAUCCACCUAGUGGUACGGCACCCCGACCGUCUGCUUGUUCUGGUGGCGAGCUCGGAGGCGGAGCGCGUCGUGGACCCGGCCGCUCGCGCCGCGAGGCGUCCAGCGAAGAGCGCCCGCGGCGCCUUCGCGCACGCCCGCUCGGCCCAGGAGGGCGCGAGCACGCGGGGGGCGCGGCCUCCGCCGGAGCCGCCCCGGGCCACGACGCUGUGA